UCUUCAGGGUUUUCUGAUGCUGUUUUAGUCUUGAUAGGCGAAAUAUUUUGUACUUAAUCAGUAAGCAAUGCUGUAAUUCGGAACGAUGCCAUAUUGUAACUUCGGAACGAUACUUGCAUUUGUAUGCACAGCCUUAUCGCCAGCGUACAUAUUCUUUGCUGCCAAAUGUGUUGAAAUGUCAAGAAUGGAAAUUAGUUUGGUGGUGUUUAUUGGGAACUACAUGUUCAAUCUGCCACACCAGUCGUACAGUCUAUAUACCGAAAAGCCGAUUCCAUGGAACGACAUGAAGUAUUUGAUACUUGUUGGUACGAUAAGCGCAUGCGCUGUAAUUACAUACUACGUUGCAAUGGAUUAUUUAUACGUCUCAGAUCUCAUCGCUCUUGGUAACGCACACGCGGUACCUACAUUGCUGCUGUCUUACAUCAUUUUGAAAGAAAAGAGUGGUGUUUUGGAAGUGUUGGUUGCAUUCGUCAGUCUGGGAGGUGUUGUUUUGAUUGCCAGACCUGCCUUUCUGUUUGGAGGAACAGCUGCCAGCAAUACGAGGAGCCAAGACAGAAUGUUAGGAGUGUUCAUCGCUAUGCUGGCGACACUAUGUUUUUCUGGUACUUUGGUUCUAUCUAGAAAGAUAAAAAGCGUUUCCGCCAGUAGCGUUCUGACUUGCGCAGCGUUACAAGGCGCGGUUAUAUGUUACAUUUACAUUAAGUUAACCGCUGGUAAAUUUUCGAUGCCUUGUUUUCAUGAUUUUAUUUUUGCAAUGCUGGCAGCCGGUGCUAGUUACACAUGUCGAAUUUUAAUGUUUGCCUCCUUACAUUUUGAGCUUCCGAGUAUCGUAUCUGUUAUACUUUCCGGUCAAGUUCUGACGGGUUUCAUUUAUGAUACCAUGCUUCUCAACACUGUACCUUACGCCACUUCGUAUAUCGGAGGUGUUCUUAUAAUGUUAGGUACAGCGGGAUCUAUCAUAGCAAAGUCAUGGAAGCCAUCUUGCAAAUCUAUUUCUUGCAAACGAUAAAAAUAAGUUGAUGCAUACUUUCUUCAAGCGUUAGCUGAAAGUAACAAGUAUAAAUUUUAGCUAGUAUGUUUUAAACGUAAAACCUUUGAUCGUUUGUUUCUGUUUGUCAGUAUAUACCAGGGUUUCUUGAACUUUUUAAAGCACGCCCCCCAAUAAAGACCUUAACAAAACUCGCCCCUCCCCCUUCUUGUUAAAUUAUCACAGUGGUGUUAAAUUAAUUUCUGCCAUAAUCCACCACACCCAAACCUGACAACAUAGUUAUCCACUAUAUACAAAUAAUAAACAUAUUG